UCUUGUUUGUGUUCCCAGGAGCACCGAUGGAGGGUUUCCGAGCAUGGAUCCAACCAUCCCCUGGGCAACCGAAAUCACAACAAUGAGUGGAUAUAGCCAAGUCCUUUCUCCAGCUUGUGAUGAAAAGACUCUGAUCCUGGUCUUGCUGCUGAUCGUGGUCGUUGUCCUGGUCGGGCUGGUGGGCAACGGCCUUGUGCUCUGGCUGCUGGGCUUCCGCAUACGCAGGAACGCCUUCUCCGUCUACAUCCUCAACCUGGCCGGGGCCGACUUCCUCCUCCUCUGCUUCCAGAUUAUAAAUUACCUGGAUAACCUCAUUGGCAUCUUCCCUUCCACCUCCAUCUCUGACUUCUUCACCACUGCGUUGACUUUUGCCUACCUUGCAGGGCUGAGCAUGCUGAGCGCCAUCAGCACCGAGCGCUGCCUGUCCGUCCUGUGGCCCAUCUGGUACCGCUGUCGCCGCCCGAGACACCUGUCGGCGGUCACGUGUGCCCUGCUCUGGGCCCUGUCCCUGCUCCUGAGCACCCUAGAAGGGGAGUUCUGUGGUCUCCUGUUUACGAUUGGUGACUAUGACUGGUGUCGCACAUUUGAUUUCCUCACUGCAGCGUGGCUGAUUGUCUUACUUGUGGUUCUCGCUGGGUCCAGCCUAGCCCUGCUGCUCAGGAUCCUGUGUGGCUCCCAGCGGAUGCCGCUGACGAGGCUGUACGUGACCGUGGUGUUCGCAGCACUGGCCUUCCUCCUCUGUGGCCUGCCCUUCGGCAUCUACUGGUUCCUCUUAAUCUGGAUGGGGAAUUAUUUUAAUGCGUCCCUUUGUUAUCUUCAUUUGGUUUUAGAUGUCCUGUCCUGUGUUAACUGCAGCACCAACCCCAUUAUUUACUUCUUCGUGGGCUCCUUUAGGCAGCAGUGGUGGCAGCGGGGGCGGACGCUCAGGCUGGUUCUCCGGCGAGCUCUGCAGGACGCUCCCGAGGGGGACGACAGCGAAGGAAGCUUUCCCCAGGGACCCCUUGAGAUGUCGGGAAGCAAUCUGGCGUAGCGACCGAAAACUUCUGCUUCGGUCAGACAGAUGUAGCUCUGAGAGCUAAUUUUGCCUCCAUUAAAGUUUAGUAGGUUUUCUUAACUUUCUCUUCCCCUGAUCUUAAAACUGUCAGGAUAGUAAUCCUCCUCCCAUGGAUUAAGUGAGUACAGUGUCUCUAGAACUGCCUUACAAGCUUUCAACCCAUCCUCUGUGAGCUUUGCCAACUCUAGGGUGCAGAAUGGUUCCCACUUUUGACGAACCCCACCUUCAGGAGAAGGCCGAAAGCACUGCAGGAAAAGUUCCAAAUUUCUUUGGUCAUUGUACU